AUGACUCCACUAUCGCCAAAUGAGCAGCAACUUUCGACUACACAAUCAACGAAUCCCAUCUAUGUUUAUACAAAGCUCGUGGUUGCCUCAGCACGAGCAACAACGGCAAUUGCAGCUGCGAUGAUGGCGACUACCAAAACAGCUGGAGUGAACGAGCUUAAGACACUCGAUAGAUGCACCACGGCACUCAUUUCUCCACGCGAUCGUAGUGGGCAAAAUGCUUUAGAAGGUGGAACCUAUACUUACGCAAAUUUAGAAGAUAUUGUACGACCUCGAGUGCUUUCGCCUCGUCACGCGACAAUAUAUGCUGGUAAAAGUAUGCUUCAAAGUGGGAAUAAUGUUUCUACCGCUUGGCGACAAUCGAAUCAAGUAAAAAGCGGCCGUAAUAGCAGCCGAGAUAACGGAAGGCAAGAGUCAAAAAUACGAACAAUUCCAACUUCAAUGCUGUCGACUUCCAUAACAAGAGAUGUUGAUGUCUUUCCACCGUGGAUUCGAGAACGAAAAGAUUUUCAAGUAUAUUUUCCUCGGUUUGCAGAUCAUGUGAUUACGGAUGAUGAAAUUUUACAGCAAGGAGCUCCAAAAGAACCGAGUGAACGGAACAUUGUGGAACUGCAGUGUAUUGCACGAUGGAUCAUGAAGAUUCCAUCUAUGUCAACGUUCUUGGACUUGAAUCAAGCUACGGAAAUUGCCAAGUUGGUGAGAUAUCGAAGCUGUUGCCCAAAUGAGUACGUUUUUCGCAAAGGUGACGUUGGGGAUGCGUGUUAUCUUGUGCUGAGCGGAGAAGUCCAUAUUCUGAUUGAUGGCGAGAAAGUGGCGGCAGUCUCAAAAAAUUCUGCCUUUGGUGAUAUUGCGCUGCAGCUUGAAAAUGCAACACGCGGAGCCGAUGUUCAGGCUGCAUCUUUACCAGGCACAAGCCAGAAUUCACUUUCGACUGGCAGUUCAAUUGCAUGUGAGUUGCUAAUGAUCAUGGCAGACGAUUAUCAUCGAACGCUCGCAAGGUGCCAAACUCGAAGGCGAAAGCAUCUUAUGAAUUGGUUGCACUCUGAAGUGACACUAUUUCGCGACUGCAUUGAGAGUAAGCUUCAUUUUUUUGAGCUCGUGUCGAUCGAUGUACCGUUAAAACAAGGCGAAAUAGUGUAUACACAAGGAGAGGCAAUUGGAGCGUUCUAUAUUGUACGCUCGGGUCGUGUGAGACUUGAAGUUGAUGUUCAAUACGAACGUCGGCAUCGAUGGCCGUGUGAUACACACAAAUGGAAACAACAGAUUCAUGCAGUUCGGUCACGUGUGCCAUUUUAUUUCGAAGAAAGUGCUGGAUUUUUUGGAUUUGAAAUGUUCAUUAAGGAGCAACAAACGAGGGCUUACACAGUUGUAGCUGACUCUCCUACCGUUGAGUUAAUAGCUUUGAAUCGUGUCGACUGCUUAUCGCCUUACUUUUCGUUCACCUCUCGUGCUCAGGAACGAAUUUAUGAUAAGAAUAACAAAUGCCGGGAUAUGGCGUUACAAGUUGUUCAACAACAAGUGCGAGCAUUUCAAAAGUCGCAAAGUGUAGCAACUAAGAACAACAAUAAUCUCUCGAGUGCCCCGGUUGUUGUGCAACAAAAAUUUUCUAACUCACACGAAACGCCCGACUUUCAGUUUCCACGUCUUCGACCUGCUAAGUGGAAAGCAGAUAAUACUGUUGUUUGCGCACUGCAACAAGCAUGUCAAUGA